AAACCACAGCACGCAUCCCUCACCGCCCUAGGCAAGACAAUAAAAAAAGAAAAAUAAAUUCGCGCGUGAAUCCCGAAGUGAUGUGCAGUGUUGAUAAAUCGUGACUCGAUUCUGGAUUUGUUCAACCGUUUUUGUUUAUCUGAUUUACAACUUUAUUCGGAUUUCGCAUUGCUGGCACACUUACGGAUUUUAUUAUGGUGUUCGGGAUAGCGGGAGAAAGUAUAAGACCAAGAUGCUAAUAAUUAUUGGGCCCAGGGCCCACUUGCACGCGGAGAAAUGGUGACGUGUGACAACGACAGCGCGCCUCUCAGCGGGUUCCGCCUGGGCGCGCGCGACGAUGAGACGCGCAGAUCGCGCGCACCCAGUGUGUCUUCCCUCUCGCUCUACAAGCAGAAGAUAGACGCGCUCUUCGACGACACCCGCUCGGUCGCCAGCCUGCCGCACUAUGGACAAAUGACCGUUUCUGAACUGGGAAGGAGGGACAGCAAGGUCAGUUCCGCUCGAGAUAGUAAAGCGACGAUAUACGAAGAUGAUGAUGACGACUAUUGUCAGAAUAAAAUUAACAAGAUUAAUAAUACGGUCCAGGAUCGAAUAGAGAGGAUGUUCGCAGACAUGGCCGGGGAGUCCAAGCCUACUUCGGAAAACAUUGGAGUCCACGUGUUCAGUGUUCACUAUCUAGGAUCUACACCACUACAAAAUAAAGUCACCAGCCUAUCAGGACUCCAGACUCCACUGAAGGAUUUGUAUUUCGCAUAUAGAAGAAAUUUCCGCCAUAAAUGCACCCUCACUGGUCGGUUAGAAAUAUCUAAAAGUGGAUUAAAAGUAAGAUAUAAAGGCGAAAAAGGUGACCUUGAGCAACUAAAUCCUUUUCCCACAAUAGCAGUCUGGUCCGCUGUGAAGUUCGUCGUUCAACCUUCGGACGACGGAGGAGACUUGGGCUAUGCGUUCCUUCCCCUCAUCACCGAUCCGGACAACAUCGAUCGUCACGCUCUAUUUAGAACUCUAGAAUCACAAGACAGAAAAUACAUCCUCUCCCACAACGAAAAUUCUCAUUCACCACUUUUCGCUGUUGUGAUGAGGAAAAUCGGCGUCGCUAAGCAAUUGGAGUGUCAUGGGUUUGUAUGUCAGACGACGGAAGACGCUAUUGUGAUAGCAGCCACGCUAUACAAGUCCCUCAUGUCACACAUGAGUAGACAAGGCCAUACUGACAAGAAGAAACUGAAGAACCGAAACGGUGUAAGUUGCAUGAGUGUGACGAGUAGUCUCUCUCCGAAUGAUGUUCCUGUCAGGCCGCCCCGUAAGAAGCGAAGUACGUCGUCCAUGAGCGGAGACAGUGACCGAGCAGAUGGUUUCUCUGCCAGCGAAUCGUUUCACGAAUGGUCUAGACAUGAAAGGAUUAAAAAGAUCUCAUCGGAGAGCUUACCUCCUUCCACCCCUCCAUCUAUACCUCCCGCCGAAAUUAAACGAAUCACAGUUGAAGAAGUGAAGGCUAAAUUAGACUCGAUAAAGCAUAAUGAUACGAGCGGUAGCGACACUCAAGGAUCUAAAAAGUCAAUGGGGAAGAAGUCUCUGAACCCCAAUAUAAAUAAGCUUCAAAAUAUGCACAACGCCCAAAGCAGUAACGAAUCCUCUGUUAGAAGUAAGGUGUCAGAAAAAAUUGAAUUAUUUAGGGAGUUAGAGAGACGUAAGAAUCUGCAAAGACCACCGACUGUACCACCACCUAUACCUUCUAAGCCACCAUCGGACCCUCCACCAGAGCCUCCGAAAGAACCUUUAGGAAGAACUCAAAGUGGGAGGAAAUCAUUAAACGAGUCUGGGGACAUAUUAACUAAAGUAGCCAUUCCGCGAUCCGGAAGCUUCCUCAACGCCGGGGGACUCACGAGGUACAAGUCGAUCGGACACAGAAACAACGGUAAGAAAGGAGGUGGGUCGCCGUUAGGGUUCAACGAACUUUUCAAUGAAUUCAAAGUUCAGGAGAACUUACACUCUAUGGAUGAGAUCCUCAACGCCAUUAUAGACGCAGAAGGAAUGUCCUUCAACGACUUGAAACCGAUAUACAAAGAAUUCCUAUUAAAAUUAGCAGUUACACUAACAAAAGACGAAAUAUUCCAGCACAGUAAAGCAAUCAUGAAGAAACAGAAAAAGAAAAUAUUAAGAAGAAAUAGUGUUUUUCAGAAUAAGAGACGAAAGAUAUUUAAAGGAGCAAACGGUCUUCGGAUGGUAUUCAGAAUGCCAUUUGGAAAAGAUGUACGGAAGAAGGAGAUGAAGAAGCAGCUUUCUUCGUUCGAUCUACAGAACAUCAACAACAACAAAGAGCCCGUAUCUGAGAGUUCAGUGUCGACGUCCAGUUAUGAUCUAAGACAUUUUCGACCGAAAGAGCCUAUAGUACCGCCGCCGAAAAGGCCAGGGACUCGACAACGAAGUUCGAAGCGCUCAGAUAAAAUUGUGCAGGUGUCAAAACGUAAUGGCAAAGUGUCGAGACCAGGAGAAAGGACUUCGACGUCGGAAGAUUCCGAUUUCUUGACUCUGAGUAAUCGACUGGGAUGCCAGAACAGAAACAGUUCAAGCGGAUAUGUGUCUUGCUCCGAAUGCGAAUCAGAGAGUUGUGUCGAUCGCUGCUACUGCUCGCUGAAGGGUGACUGCAAAUCCAAAUGCUACUGCUCCGCAGUCGAAGAGCACAGAGACUCAGCCAAGACAAGACUUUUGAGUAAAAGCAAAAGUUGCAAGGAUUGCUCGAGGGAAGUAUACGACGCCGACUUCAGCUACUGCUCCUGCGACUCCGAGAGCUGUGCGGACAGCAACAAGUGCUACUGCGCCGGCCCUCGAAGGACCACCAUGCAGACCUCCCAGAGUUUAGAAUACUUGAAGAGCCCCUCAAAGAAGACCUAUGCCGAACAGAUGAAGAGGACCUUUGAUGAAUACGAACAUAAAGGCAGUAGGAACAGAUCCAGCGGCCUCUCCAGCCGACGCCGCGAGGAGCGCAGCCGGCGCGCGCGCAGUUCUGACAGCCUCGCAUUAGACUACGAGCUGUUGCUACAGAACAAGGCCAGAGACACCCGGAGUCGCAACAUGCAGAGGCUUACAGUGCGAAGUACGGGAGCGGGCUCCCACGAUGCUCUCAGCGUGAAGAAAUCUGCUGAAAUGGCGGCCCUGUUCGCUGACGUACGGCUGUCCCAGCGGACAGACGUUCGUUCACUGGCUGGUGGGCGACGGUCGCGGCCCCCACCCUUGCCCCCCUCUCCCCCUCGUGCUGCCCCACCCCUGGCGAGGAUGUUCGACCACCGCCCGUUGAGCAGAAACGCGAGUCUUGAAGACACACUGGGGUAUCUGCCUUAGAUCUGGUAGAUGGGGCUUAUGAAAGUCUGUAACCAAUAGCAAUUGAAAAUCUUGAAAAUCUUGGAAUAUUAAUAAGGUCACAAUGCCCGUUUUCACCAUCAAUCCCUAAUUUUUAAGUGACCCCUAUGA